CAGCCCAACUGAGAUACAAACAGAACAUCGUUGCAAGAACUCAGGCCCUGGCUGACUACCUCUCCCCUGAAGACUCAAAGAGGGACCGUCUUUUUGGCAAGGAGGCCUAUUGAGUAUGGGUGAUUUCUUGGCUCAGCUAGAAGCAUCCCUCCAGAAGGGGGCCUGUUUUGUAAAAUGAGGAUAAGCCCUUUCCUUCCACAGUGAGAUCUUCCUCCACGUCGGUGCUUCUCAGUGGUGGCACUGAUGUCAUUUUGGACCAGAUAACUCUUCCUUGGAGGGGCUUCCCUGUGGCUCAUAGAAUGUUUCACAACAUCCCUGGCCUCGACCCGCCAGAUACCGAUAGCCCCCUUCCCUCCAGUUGUGACAACCAAAAAUAUCUCUAGACUUUGUCAGAUGUCCCCUGGGGUGGGACAGUUGCCCUAGAUUGAGAAGCACUCCUUUCAGUGAAUCUCUGUAAUGUCCCAGGGGUUAAGGUACCUUUUGGGUUCCCGGAUCCCUCCAUGUGUCCCCCUGUCCCUGGGAUGGAGAUGCUGGCAUCACUCGGCCCGUGGGCUUCAGUGCAAUGCCAUUCAGUAACUGUGGAUUGAGCACCUACUGUGUGCCAGGCACCACUUGGGGUGGGAACCUGGGGAUAAGUCGGAGAGAUGUUGUUAUUCUCUUCUCUGAGCUUCUGGACCUGUGGAAGAGAGCGUAGUUGUCAAAGAAUCCCUCAAAUAUACAGAGAUGACACACUAUGACUAAGAGCUUGGGAGGAAAAGAAGAGCAGGUUUCUACAGUCAUCUCCUCUAGGGCCCAUGCUUCUCUUCCUCCUCGUGUGUCAGCCCUGCCCCAUCUAUCCCACAGGAGGGGGGCACGUGGUAGGGCCACCAGGACUGGCCGGCGCCUCCGUCUGCAGGUUCGUGGGUGGGAAGAUGGUAGGAUGGAGAUCUGACCACGGUGUGGGGUGUCUCCAGUGUUCGCCAUUUCAGAUAUCGCUUUGCGCCCUCAGAGGGGACUCUGGGGCAGCCACCAUGGCCGGCUUGUCUGGAGGCCCUUGGAGAUCUAGGAUGGGCACUGGUCGUGGCUUUGGAGAACUUCCUUCUCCAAACAAAUGCAGGAAACUCAAGAUUCAGCAUCCUAGAAUUGUCUCUGGCAAGUUGGUUUCUAGCCAUAGUGAGUGGGAACAACGGCCCCAAAGGCUGCAUGGCAGUUUAAAUACAAGUUUCCACUGCCUUCCCUUUCCCUAAAAAGUAAACACAGGAGAUAAUACUUUCUAACAACUCAUUGUUAUCAAAGGCCUACUAUGUGCUGCUUGUUUCGGCUGCAUGUGUAAACACAUCUCAGACAUUGUCUCACUGGAUACUGUUUUAAGGAGCCUAAUGUGGCCCCAGUAAUUAUGAAAACCUUUAAAAUGUCUGGAUCUCUAAGAAAUUAGAAAAAGGAGGGAAUGGCUGAGCAUGGGGGCUCAUGCCUGUAAUCUCAGUGUUUCGGGAGGCCAAGGUGGGAGGACGGUCUGAGCCCAGGAGUUCAGGACCAGCCUGGGUGACAUAGUGAGACCCUGUCUGUACAAAAAAAAAAAAAAAAAAAAAAUCAAGAGAAUUAGCUGGGCCUGGUGUGCAUGCCUGUAGUCUUAGCUAGUUGGGAGGCUGAGGCAGGAGGAUUGCCUGAGCCCAGUAGGUUGAGACUGCAGUGAGCUGUGAUCGCAUUCCUGCAGCUAAACAGAGAGAAAAGAAACAGUAUCAAGGAAAAGAAGCUGACCUGUCUGUCUGGGGGACUCCAGGCUGUUUGGGGGGGAUCAAAGUCAUAUAUUCUCCAGCCCCUGAUGUCCAUGUGAUGGAAAUAACACUGACAUUUGUUUUACAAUGUGUUGUUCAACCACAGCAAGGCCCAUCUUUUGCCUACGGAGAGCUGGAAAAGCAGCUUCUACAAGCAAACCCGAUUCUGGAGGCUUUCGGCAACGCCAAAACAGUCAAGAACGACAACUCCUCACGAUUCGGCAAAUUCAUCCGCAUCAACUUCGACGUCACGGGUUACAUCGUGGGAGCCAACAUUGAGACCUAUCUGCUAGAAAAAUCACGGGCAAUUCGCCAAGCCAGAGAUGAGAGGACAUUCCACAUCUUUUACUACAUGAUUGCUGGAGCCAAGGAGAAGAUGAGAAGUGACUUGCUUUUGGAGGGCUUCAACAACUACACCUUCCUCUCCAAUGGCUUUGUGCCCAUCCCAGCAGCCCAGGAUGAUGAGAUGUUCCAGGAAACCGUGGAGGCCAUGGCGAUCAUGGGUUUCAGCGAGGAGGAACAGCUAUCCAUAUUGAAGGUGGUAUCAUCGGUCCUGCAGCUUGGAAAUAUCGUCUUCAAGAAGGAAAGAAACACAGACCAGGCGUCCAUGCCAGAUAACACAGCUGCUCAGAAAGUUUGUCACCUCAUGGGAAUUAAUGUGACAGAUUUCACCAGAUCCAUCCUCACUCCUCGUAUCAAGGUUGGGCGAGAUGUGGUACAGAAAGCCCAGACAAAAGAACAGGCUGACUUUGCUGUAGAGGCUUUGGCCAAGGCAACAUAUGAGCGCCUUUUCCGCUGGAUACUCACCCGUGUGAACAAAGCCCUGGACAAGACCCAUCGGCAAGGGGCUUCCUUCCUGGGGAUCCUGGAUAUAGCUGGAUUUGAGAUCUUUGAGGUGAACUCUUUCGAGCAGCUGUGCAUCAACUACACCAACGAGAAGCUGCAGCAGCUCUUCAACCACACCAUGUUCAUCCUGGAGCAGGAGGAGUACCAGCGCGAGGGCAUCGAGUGGAACUUCAUCGACUUUGGUCUGGACCUACAGCCCUGCAUCGAGCUCAUCGAGCGGCCGAACAACCCUCCAGGUGUGCUGGCCCUGCUGGACGAGGAGUGCUGGUUCCCCAAAGCCACGGACAAGUCUUUCGUGGAGAAGCUGUGCACGGAGCAGGGCAGCCACCCUAAGUUCCAGAAGCCAAAGCAGCUCAAGGACAAGACUGAGUUCUCUAUCAUCCAUUAUGCCGGGAAGGUGGACUACAAUGCGAGUGCCUGGCUGACCAAGAACAUGGACCCACUGAAUGACAACGUGACUUCCCUGCUCAAUGCCUCCUCUGACAAGUUUGUGGCCGACCUGUGGAAGGACGUGGACCGCAUCGUGGGCCUGGACCAGAUGGCCAAGAUGACGGAGAGCUCGCUGCCCAGCGCCUCCAAGACCAAGAAGGGCAUGUUCCGCACAGUGGGGCAGCUGUACAAGGAGCAGCUGGGCAAGCUGAUGACCACGCUGCGCAACACCACGCCCAACUUCGUGCGCUGCAUCAUCCCCAACCACGAGAAGAGGUCUGGCAAGCUGGAUGCGUUCCUGGUGCUGGAGCAGCUGCGGUGCAAUGGGGUGCUGGAAGGCAUUCGCAUCUGCCGGCAGGGCUUCCCCAACCGGAUCGUCUUCCAGGAGUUCCGCCAACGCUACGAGAUCCUGGCGGCGAAUGCCAUCCCCAAAGGCUUCAUGGACGGGAAGCAGGCCUGCAUUCUCAUGAUCAAAGCCCUGGAACUUGACCCCAACUUAUACAGGAUAGGGCAGAGCAAAAUCUUCUUCCGAACUGGGGUCCUGGCCCACCUGGAAGAGGAACGUGAUUUGAAGAUCACCGAUGUCAUCAUGGCCUUCCAGGCGAUGUGUCGUGGCUACUUGGCCAGAAAGGCUUUUGCCAAGAGGCAGCAGCAGCUGACCGCCAUGAAGGUGAUUCAGAGGAACUGCGCCGCCUACCUCAAGCUGCGGAACUGGCAGUGGUGGAGGCUUUUCACCAAAGUGAAGCCACUGCUGCAGGUGACACGGCAGGAGGAGGAGAUGCAGGCCAAGGAGGAUGAACUGCAGAAGACCAAAGAGCGGCAGCAGAAGGCAGAGAAUGAGCUUAAGGAGCUGGAGCAGAAGCACUCGCAGCUGACCGAGGAGAAGAACCUGCUACAGGAACAGCUGCAGGCAGAGACAGAGCUGUAUGCAGAGGCUGAGGAGAUGCGGGUGCGGCUGGCGGCCAAAAAGCAGGAGCUGGAGGAGAUACUGCAUGAGAUGGAGGCCCGCCUGGAGGAGGAGGAAGACAGAGGCCAGCAGCUACAGGCUGAAAGGAAGAAGAUGGCCCAGCAGAUGCUGGACCUUGAAGAACAGCUGGAGGAGGAGGAAGCUGCCAGGCAGAAGCUGCAACUUGAGAAGGUCACGGCUGAGGCCAAGAUCAAGAAACUGGAGGAUGAGAUCCUAGUCAUGGAUGAUCAGAACAAUAAACUGUCAAAAGAACGAAAACUCCUUGAGGAGAGGAUCAGUGACUUAACGACAAAUCUUGCAGAAGAGGAAGAAAAGGCCAAGAAUCUUACCAAGCUGAAAAACAAGCAUGAAUCUAUGAUUUCAGAACUGGAAGUGCGGCUAAAGAAGGAAGAGAAGAGCCGGCAGGAGCUAGAGAAGCUGAAACGGAAGCUGGAGGGUGAUGCCAGCGACUUCCACGAGCAGAUCGCUGACCUCCAGGCGCAGAUCGCAGAGCUCAAGAUGCAGCUGGCCAAGAAGGAGGAGGAGCUGCAGGCAGCCCUGGCCAGGCUUGACGAUGAAAUCGCUCAGAAGAACAAUGCCCUGAAGAAGAUCCGGGAGCUGGAGGGCCACAUCUCAGACCUCCAGGAGGACCUGGACUCGGAGCGGGCCGCCAGGAACAAGGCUGAAAAGCAGAAGCGAGACCUAGGCGAGGAGCUGGAGGCCCUAAAGACAGAGCUGGAAGACACGCUGGACAGCACAGCCACUCAGCAGGAGCUCAGAGCCAAGAGGGAGCAGGAGGUGACGGUGCUGAAGAAGGCCCUGGAUGAAGAGACGCGGUCCCAUGAGGCCCAGGUCCAGGAGAUGAGGCAGAAACAUGCACAGGCGGUGGAGGAGCUCACAGAGCAGCUUGAGCAGUUCAAGAGGGCAAAGGCGAACCUAGACAAGAAUAAGCAGACGCUGGAGAAGGAGAACGCAGACCUUGCCGGGGAGCUGCGGGUCCUGGGCCAGGCCAAGCAGGAGGCGGAACAUAAGAAGAAGAAGCUGGAGGCGCAGGUGCAGGAGCUGCAGUCCAAGUGCAGCGAUGGGGAGCGCGCCCGGGCGGAACUCAAUGACAAAGUCCAUAAGCUGCAGAAUGAAGUUGAGAGCGUCACAGGGAUGCUUAACGAGGCCGAGGGGAAGGCCAUUAAGCUGGCCAAGGAUGUGGCGUCCCUCAGUUCCCAGCUCCAGGACACCCAGGAGCUGCUUCAAGAAGAAACCCGGCAGAAGCUCAACGUGUCUACAAAGCUGCGCCAGCUGGAGGAGGAGCGGAACAGCCUGCAAGACCAGCUGGACGAGGAGAUGGAGGCCAAGCAGAACCUGGAGCGCCAUAUCUCCACUCUCAACAUCCAGCUCUCUGACUCGAAGAAGAAGCUGCAGGACUUUGCCAGCACCGUGGAAGCUCUGGAAGAGGGGAAGAAGAGGUUCCAGAAGGAGAUCGAGAACCUCACCCAGCAGUACGAGGAGAAGGCGGCCGCUUAUGAUAAACUGGAAAAGACCAAGAACAGGCUUCAGCAAGAGCUGGACGACCUGGUCGUCGAUUUGGACAACCAGCGGCAACUCGUGUCCAACCUGGAAAAGAAGCAGAGGAAGUUUGAUCAGUUGUUAGCCGAGGAGAAAAACAUCUCUUCCAAAUACGCGGAUGAGAGGGACAGAGCCGAGGCAGAAGCCAGGGAGAAGGAAACCAAGGCCCUGUCCCUGGCUCGGGCCCUUGAAGAGGCCUUGGAAGCCAAAGAGGAACUCGAGCGGACCAACAAAAUGCUCAAAGCCGAAAUGGAAGACCUGGUCAGCUCCAAGGAUGACGUGGGCAAGAACGUCCAUGAGCUGGAGAAGUCCAAGCGGGCCCUGGAGACCCAGAUGGAGGAGAUGAAGACGCAGCUGGAGGAGCUGGAGGACGAGCUGCAGGCCACGGAGGAUGCCAAACUGCGGCUGGAAGUCAAUAUGCAGGCGCUCAAGGGCCAGUUCGAGAGGGAUCUCCAAGCCCGGGAGGAGCAGAGUGAGGAGAAGAGAAGGCAACUGCAGAGACAGCUUCACGAGUAUGAGACGGAACUGGAAGACGAGCGAAAGCAACGUGCCCUGGCAGCUGCAGCCAAGAAGAAGCUGGAAGGGGACCUGAAAGACCUGGAGCUUCAGGCCGACUCUGCCAUCAAGGGGAGGGAGGAAGCCAUCAAGCAGCUACGCAAACUGCAGGCUCAGAUGAAGGACUUUCAAAGAGAGCUGGAAGAUGCCCGUGCCUCCAGAGAUGAGAUCUUUGCCACAGCCAAAGAGAAUGAGAAGAAAGCCAAGAGCUUGGAAGCGGACCUCAUGCAGCUACAAGAGGACCUCGCCGCAGCUGAGAGGGCUCGCAAACAGGCGGACCUCGAGAAGGAGGAACUGGCAGAGGAGCUGGCCAGUAGCCUGUCGGGAAGGAACGCACUCCAGGACGAGAAGCGCCGCCUGGAGGCCCGGAUCGCCCAGCUGGAGGAGGAGCUGGAGGACGAGCAGGGCAACAUGGAGGCCAUGAGCGACCGGGUCCGCAAAGCCACACAGCAGGCCGAGCAGCUCAGCAACGAGCUGGCCACAGAGCGCAGCACGGCCCAGAAGAAUGAGAGUGCCCGGCAGCAGCUCGAGCGGCAGAACAAGGAGCUCCGGAGCAAGCUCCAGGAGAUGGAGGGGGCCGUCAAGUCCAAGUUCAAGUCCACCAUUGCGGCGCUGGAGGCCAAGAUUGCACAGCUGGAGGAGCAGGUUGAGCAGGAGGCCAGAGAGAAACAGGCGGCCACCAAGUCGCUGAAGCAGAAAGACAAGAAGCUGAAGGAAAUCUUGCUGCAGGUGGAGGAUGAGCGCAAGAUGGCCGAGCAGUACAAGGAGCAGGCAGAGAAAGGUAAUGCCAGGGUCAAGCAGCUCAAGAGGCAGCUGGAGGAGGCAGAGGAGGAGUCCCAGCGCAUCAACGCCAACCGCAGGAAGCUGCAGCGGGAGCUGGAUGAGGCCACGGAGAGCAAUGAGGCCAUGGGCCGCGAGGUGAACGCACUCAAGAGCAAGCUCAGGCGAGGAAAUGAGACCUCUUUCGUUCCUUCUAGAAGGUCUGGAGGACGUAGAGUUAUUGAAAAUGCAGAUGGUUCUGAGGAGGAAACGGACACUCGAGACGCAGACUUCAAUGGAACCAAGGCCAGUGAAUAAGCAACUUUCUAGAGUUUUGCACCACGGCAAGAAAACCAAAAACCAAAAAAAAAAAAAAAAAAAAACCCAGAACAAAGCAAAACCCAGCAGACUGUACUUAGCAUUGUCUAAAUCCAUUCUCAAAUUCCAAACAUCACAGACACCCCUCACACAAGGAAUAUAAAAACCACCACCCUCCAGCCUGGGCAAUGUAGUAAAACCUCAUCUAUACAAGAAUUUAAAAAUAAGCUGGGCAUGGUGGUACACACCUGUGGUCCCAGCUACAAGGGAGGCUGAGCCAGGAGGAACGCUCCAGUCCAGGACUUCGAGGCUGCAAUGAGCUAUAAUUGCAUCAUUGCACUCCAGCCUGGGCAACAGAGACCCUGUCUCAACCACCACCACCACCACCCCCCCCCCACUACCCCCCCUAUAUUUAAGGUAACAAUUGAAGUUUGUAUGAUGUAAGAGAUGAGAAAAACCCAACAGCAAACACAGACACAUCCUCCAGUUCUAUCAAUGGAUUGUGCAGACACUGUGUUUUUAGAAAAACAUAUCCACGGUAACCGGUCCCUGGCAAUUGUUUACAUGAAAUGGGGACAAAGUCACCGAAUGGGUGCCGCCAGCCCCCACUCCCAAUUCAUUCCCUAACCUGCGAGCCUUUCCAACUUCUCAUGUCAGGCCUUUGAGAAUUCUUUCCCCCCCCCGGUUUCCACACCUGACACGCACAGUUCACCAAGUGCCUUCUGUAGUCACAUGAAUUGAGAAGGAGACGCUGCUCCCACGGAGGGGAGCAGGAAUGCUGCACUGUUUACACCCUGACUGUGCUUAAAAACACUUUCACUAGUAAACGGUUAUAAAUCACAA